UUUACUUCUUCGCUGCAUUUUCUGAAUCUCAGGCACAUUCCCCUUGUUUCUUUUUCCAGUCCUGGCCCCAGUUGUUCAAAAGGUGGGUAACGCAAUCCACCGGCUAAAUCUCUAACCAGUGGAUAACGCAAUUGGUUUCCCUUUAAUACUUAUCCACUGGAUUGCGCUAUAUCCAACUUUUAAAGCAACUGGGGCCUGGACAUUGCCAUGUCUUUGUUAACCCUUAUUAUUAUACAUCAGACUCACUAUGAAAAAUCUGAUUAGUCGAGAGCAUUUAAUCAAUUCACAAUAGCUUGUGAACUUGACAUGAUAAAUGCAAUAUCUGCUGCAGAUAUUGCAUUUAUCAUGUCAAGUUCAACGUCUGCCUGGUUACCAAGCCCCUUGGAGUGUUCUCCUCAGAAUCAGAAUGGCUGAACGCUUCGCUUAUGUUUCUGAGGAUGAAUUAUGAAAAAUGUAUAAUAAAACAAUUAUUGAAUUCGGUUUUCGCAUGAUAUCAUGAAUUAUUAAAACCUCGUGUCUGUAUCAUCUGCCUCAGCCUUCGGCUUCGGCAGAUAACGCAGACCUCGGUUUUGAUCAUUCAUGAUAUCAUGCUCAACCUCAUCCAAUAAUUGUUUAUUGUACUUACCUGUGGGUGCCCAUGUCAGUUGUGAUGUUGGGAUAAUAAGCGGAUGCUAUUCGUAGAAACCUAAAUAAAGUACCACAAUAUAUAGUAAUAAAAAUGUGGAGAAAUGUUUUAAUAGCUGUUUUUUCUUUGCUUCCUUUUUUGCUUUAGUUGGCCAAAGAGCACGGUGUCCCGUUCUUUGAAGUAAGUGCCAAAAAGAAUAUCAACAUCGAGGAAGCCUUUUACAAGCUAGCUGAAAAAAUGCUCGAGAAGAAACUGUCCACGGACAAUGAGGAAACUUCUCAAAACAUUCGCGUCAGUGAUACCGAAGAGAAAAAAGGGAGGUGCUAUUAAAAACACUUAGAGCCAGCUGUUUUUAAUUAAAACUGUAAUAGACUGCAUAAGAAUGCACAAGUCUUCAUAAUUCAUAAAGAAAAAACAAAGAAAAUCAUACCGUAACGUUAGUUUGAAUAUCGAAUCUUAGUGAUACCAUAAGAUAAUGAGCUUUUUGCACGGCAGCGAAAACGUCAGUUUUAAAAUGAUUUCUCGUUUUUUCAAUCUUUGUCGCGUUUAUUCCAAUUUGCUGAAAAUGGCAAUUGUAGGCGAAUUUCCCUGGAGCUGAUUUCUUGAGGACUGCACUCAAGUUUAGAGAGAGAAAAAGAGAUUCGUGGUCGCUUGUUUACGUCCUCCAUAAAACUUGCAAUCGGCAUUUUCACGUCGUAGUUGUGCAAGGACGGUAAAGAAAUGUACUAAAAAGCGUGAUGCACGUUCAAAGGUGUUGUUUUGUGUAAUAAGCCUAUUGCUUUUUUGACGUCCUGGUUGCCGUCGCCGUCGUCGUUGUUAAAGCUCCCUAAUAUCUGGAAGAAGAACAAUAGGGAGCUUUAGCAACAACGACGGCGACGGCUACAAAAAAGGCAAAAAAACAAUAGGUUGUUUUGCACGUCCAUCACACUUUUUUGAACAUUUCGUAGCCGUCGUUGCACGACUGUGACAUGAAACUUCCUAACUUCACGCGCCCGCUUAAUGAAGUAGUUGAACAAAACACAAAAAUUCUCUUUUUCUUUUUCUAAAUUUAGAUAUGGUUUUUUCGGAUUCAACACCGGAAAAUUUCUCCUACAUUUGACAAAUUAAAUGAAAUUGAAUAAUAAGAUCGAUGAAGUUUGAAACAGUGCGAAUUCACUUUUUAGUAAGCGAUCAGCUGUAUUUACGACCAGCAUUGUGAUACCCCAGUUGAACUGUGACUUAAUCUCUGUUAUGAAAAGCUCUCGUGAUAAUUAAAGCUAUUUUACCGUCACGCAAGUAAAAUGUAGUUAAUGGAACGUGACGCCAGUUAUCAGUAACCCUUUCAUGGCGGUUCCUUUUCAAUAAAGCAGUUGUGUAGUCAAGCUGCCAAGGUCAGCAAGCUCUAAGAUACAUUGUAUUCUAGCGUAGAACUUUACGGCCUUAUUGUAUUUAGCAUGCUAGUACGAUCCACAGCAUUGGCCAACUUUUUCAAUGGACUAUUCAUGGCUAAGAGUUCGCACGUGCAACGCUGAGCUGUCGUGUAGUACAGCCUUUUCUACUGGCUAUGCCAGCAGACGUUUGUCUAGCUAUAAAAGCCUAGAACAGUUCACUUGGCUUCUGUUAUUCAGCAAGGUUAGCGCUCAGUAUACGAUUUUUGUAAAAUUUUUCCCUCCCUCCCUCCCUCCCUUUGGAGACGAGGUUUGGGCUUUGUUUUGUGCUAUGCAGUGAAAUAAACUAGGGACACUCCCGCGCCGUGCGGUUAAGUCUGCGCAGCGACUUCCCCCAAGCUUGUUGGCCGCGUUGCAAACCGAUACUCUUGUCCGAUCCAGCACGUGCUGUAUUGCAUUCAGCUCGUAGUGCUGGGGAGAUAAGUGAGGUUCUUUGGUCACGCCAUCGCCGGAAGUCGCAUUAGGGUAACCUAGUACAAGGCAGUGCUCCCCCAUUAACGCCAACUUGUCAUUAUUUGUUUUUAUAAUUUAGUUAUGCGUUUAACAUGCAUCACGAAGGAACAGAGACAUUAACUAACUUUAAUGACGCGUUAAUUCGGAAAGUAAUGAGUAAUACAAAAAGUUUAACAAAUAAAUAAACCUUGACUGUC